CUUCUUACUCAAUCAUUAAUAGAUUUUUUAAUAGAAAAAGAAAAACCUGACAUAGUAAUAAUAACAGGUGAUAUGGUAAGUGGAUAUGCCUGGGACUAGAAAUCUUAGGACUUUUAUUAAUAAUAAUGGCAAAAAUACACUAAAAUAUUUACCUAAAAAGACCAGAAAUAUGCCCUAGCAUUAGGUAAUCAUGAUCACGAGGCUAAUUUAAAGCCUGAACAAAUAAUUCUUUUAGAUUAAAAAAAUACAUAAAGUUAUACAUUCGGAGAAGACUACUACAUUGAAAUAAAAAACAAACAAAAUAUAACUAAAACUGUUCUUUGGGUUUUUAAUACACAUAAUAAAGGCUGUAUGGGAGAUUUAGAGUCUUAUGGCUGUAUAGAAGAAAUACUACAUUUAGCUUUCUUUCAUAUUCCAUUACCAGAAUUUUCAUAAGUAAUUCCUCAAUAUGGAAUUAAAGGAGAUACUGUCGACUGUCCUACUAAAAAUUCAGGCUUAUUUGAUAUGCUUAGAAAAUCAAAUUUUAAAGCAGUUUUUUGCGGACAUGAUCAUAGCAAUGAUUUCGGAGGAUUCUUUCAUGGAGUAGAAUUAGUUUAUGCUAGAAAAACGGGAUUUGGAUGCUAUGGACCGUAAGAAGGCGUUUUAAGAGGAGGAAGAGUUAUUAAUAUAAAUGAAGAGGGUUAAUAUAAACAUUAUGUGAGUACUUUUUGA